AGCUGCGGAGGGAGGUGAAGAUGGAACUGUUUUCGUCAAUCAAGGCCCUCCUGAAUUCUCAAGAGGCGGCAGCGUCAGUGGCGGCUGGAAGGACGAGGAGUUCACCAGAGGAGUUGGCGCAGAAAAAGAACGAGCUAUUGCGGUCUUACCUUGGGAAUGCCUUCGCCGACAUCGAACACCUUGUCAGUCAGAUCGAGCAUAUCCAAAGAGAGAUCAAGGGCGAGGGCGAGACCCACAAGAUUCUAGCCUGGCACAUCGCCACCAGCCUCUGCCAGAUCAAACUACUGGAACAACAAGCCACCGGUCGCUGGCGAGACGACCUGUAUAACCUCACUCUGCCCGAGGGCGGUGGUGAUGGUGAACUCGCAGAUGUGUGGCCGCAUUAUGUCACCGCCGUCACCCUGUCCAACUACCGUGCGUACCUGGUCAGGCAGGCACUGGUGCCGGACAAUGGCCUCGUCGCCUACAAGGUCCUCCAUGAAGUGAGGAGGGAGGCCGCACAAUCCAUGCGCGGGUGCAACGCGAUGCAAGGGCUUCCGCAUCAGCUCAUCCUAAACUCCAACAGGCCGCGGUGCAAUGGGGACGACGGUGAGAGGGCAUCAUUGACAUUGGCGCGCUGCUAUCGGAGGAGCUCGUGGCGGCGUUCGGUGGCGGCGCCGAGGUCGAGCUAUGGAAGAGGCUGGGCAAGUUCUGGGCGGGUUUCCUGCUGCACCUGUCGGCAUCGACGAGGGCGGCGAAGCAUCAGGUGCACCUGCGCGGGAGCGGGGAGCUCACCACGCACCUGUGGGUGCUCCUUUCGCACGCCGGCUUCCUUGGUGAGACCAGCCAUGGCGAUCAAAUGCUCGACCCGGCUGACCUCACCAACUCCUAAUUAUGCUGAAGCAUCGUAUAUAGAUUUAUUAACAUCUAUAUGAAUGUGAGCAAUGCUAGAAAGUUUUAUAACCUGAAACAGAGGGAGUAGCUUGUAUCAUCAUAUCAUAGGCAGAUUGUACUUUUAAGCAUAUAUUGCAAGCUAAUAAACUUGGGUUUAAGAGCAAA